GGAGAGGUAAAAAAAAUUGGAAAGAACAAAAAAAGUGCGGUAAAAGAGGAAAAAAAGAAGAAAGUAAAAACCCCGAUUUCUAGUUUCCAUUAUCUUCAUAUAUGGGCCGAGCCCUAGGGCCCUUUACUAUUCCUAAACUAGCCUUCAUCAAAACGAAUCCUCGAUCACCCUCUCUGUCUCUCUCUCAGCUCGCGAACAAACAAAAAAAACAAACCCUAAAAUCAUCAAAUCUGACGGAGACGGCCUCUCUCGAUCAUCAAAUUCUCCCACAGAUCCCUCAAUCUCCGUAACCUUUCCUUCUCUUUCUUCGAUUUACUCGUCUCUUUCUUCGAUUUACUCGUCUCUUUCGUUUAUUAGCUCCUUCGUGGAAUCAACUCUCUUAUUACCAUGGCUGAGCAUUUAGCUUCAAUCUACGGCACGGAGAAAGACAGAGUAAACUGCCCAUUCUACUUCAAGAUGGGCGCGUGCCGUCACGGAGACCGUUGCUCACGCAUCCACAACCGUCCCACCAUCUCCCCAACCCUCCUCCUCUCCAACAUGUACCAAAGACCCGACAUGAUCACCCCCGGCGUCGACCCUCAGGGCCUCCCACUCGACCCGCGCAAGAUCCAAGAACACUUCGAGAAUUUCUUCGAGGACCUCUACGAGGAAUUAGGGAAAUUCGGGGAGAUCGAGAGUCUCAACAUCUGCGACAACCUCGCUGACCACAUGAUUGGGAAUGUGUAUGUUCAGUUUAAAGAAGAGGACGAGGCUGCAGCUGCUUUGCAGGCCUUGCAAGGUAGGUUUUACGAGGGGCGGCCGAUCAUCGCGGAGUUUUCGCCUGUGACGGAUUUUAGGGAGGCGACGUGUAGGCAGUAUGAGGAGAGUAACUGUGGGCGCGGUGGGUAUUGUAAUUUUAUGCAUGUGAAGCUUGUUUCGAAGGAGUUGAGGAGGAGGCUGUUUGGGAGGAGGUCGUACCGAAGAGGGAGUAGGAGUAGGAGUAGGAGUGUGAGUCCUAGGCGUGGGAGAGAGUAUGAUGACCGGCGUGAUCGUGAUCAUCCUCGUCAUAGGGAUAGAGAUGGGGAGUUUUACCGGCGUGGGAGUGGGAAGAGAAGUAGUGAGAGGAGGGAGGAGAGAGGGGAUAGGAGGAGACAUGGAAGCUCGCCUAACCGAGGAGGGAGGGAAGGAAGUGAGGAGAGGAGGGCGAGGAUUGAGCAGUGGAACAGAGAACGGGAAGAGGGAGGAGCUUAAGAAGAAGAAAAACUUUAUGUUUAAACUUGAAUGAUAACUGUUGCAAUGUGGUGGAUUUUUCUGUAUGCUUUCUCUGAAUCAUUUGGUUGUUCUGAUUGGGAAACUUCGUUUAGAUUACAAAAAAAUGCUGGGGUUGGUUUCUUGUUGUUUUCAUUCGGAAAAAUGUUGUCCCCUUGUUAUUGAUUUAGUUUCCUUUUUACAUUCUCCUUUCUCCAUCAACUCUUAAUUCUUGGGCUUAAGUAACGAGUU